AUGCAAUACAUUGAUAGUGAGGAUGAAGAACAUAUGACAGAGUUACAUAAGGCCCAAACUCAGUACACUAGGUGGUUAAAGGCGGAAGAAACUAUGUUGAAACAAAAGGCAAACAUUAAAUGGCUUGAGGAAGGAGACUCUAACAGCAAAUAUUUUCAUGCCAUUAUCAAUGAGAGAAGGAGAAGACUGACACUUCACAAGAUUAAGACUCAAGAUGGACAAUGGCUUCAAGGGACCAAGAGAUUGCCACUGGGACAGUUGAAUACUUUGAAAAUCUGGGACAAAAAUGAUAACCUAUGUGUUAUUCCUGGAGAGAAGGAAAUUAAAGAUGUAGUGUUUAGUAUGGAUAAGAACAGUGCCCCAGGUCCAGAUGGAUUUGGUGGAGCUUUCUAUCAGGGAUGUUGGGAGAUUAUAAAGCAAGGUCUAGUUGAAAUUAUACAAACUUUUUUCAAUGGGAAUAGCCUGACCAGGUUGGCUCCUAUUCUGCCUAAGAUUAUUUCGGAAAAUCAAAGUGGAUUCGUUUCUGGUAGGCUUAUUACUAAGAACAUACUCCUUGCUCAAGAAAUUGUUCAUGACAUUAAUAAGGAGAAUGAGGGGGGAAACAUGAUGAUUGAAUUGGACAUGGCCAAGGCUUAUUAUAGGGUUAAUUGGGACAUCAUAUUAGCAGCUUUGAGGAAGUUUGGUUUCUCCAAAGCAUAG